AUGAAAGAAAAAACUAACCAAGACCACCGAAUUAUUGCCAAGGAAUUAGAUUUAUAUAUUUUAGACGAAAAAGCCGGGCAAGAAUUUGGUUUUCAAGAGGUAAUGACCCCUAUUUUAGGGAGCGAAUAUUUAUAUCAAACCAGCGGACACUUGAACCAUUAUCAAGGCUCUAUGUUCCCGGCAGUUAGUCGGAAUAAUGAAACCCUCUAUUUACGUCCAAUGACUUGUCCGCACCACUGUUUAAUCUAUCAGCAAAAACCCCGUUCUUACCGGGAUUUACCUUUUCGUUUGUGUGAAAAUUCAAUUUUACACCGCUAUGAGGCUUCCGGAGGGCUAAAAGGUUUAGAAAGGCCCCAAUUUUCGGAAAAUCUUUUAAUUAAUUCUUUAAAUGAACUAGAACUAAAUUAUACAGUCUUGAAAGGAGAGGCGGCUUUUUAUGGUCCAAAGUUAGACCUAGAAAUAAAAGCGGCUGAUGGUAAAGAUAUUACUAUUGCCACUAUUCAGUUAGAUUUCAUUUUACCCCAAAAAUUUGGUUUAAACUAUAUUGAUAAAGAACAAAAAUUACAAACUGCAGUCAUUAUCCACCAAUCUCCUUUUGGGUCUUAUCAGCUUCCCUGUCAAUUGGCUAUUUUGCCUUUCAACGAAGAAGAAGAAAUUAAAAAUUAUUGCCAAAAAUUAGCCGGAGAAUUAGCCGAAAUUGGCGUGCGAGUAAAAAUAUUUUCCAAAAAGAAAUUGAAAGACCGUAUUCGCCAAAUGUACCGAAAAAAAAUUCCUCAUUAUCUAGUAAUUGGCAAAGAAGAAUUAAAAACUAAAAUACUGAAAUUAGUGGAUGCUUACCAAGAAGGACGAAUGGAGGAAUUGACCGAAAGAGAACUGGUUAACAAAAUCCAAAAUUAUUCUUAA